AUGCCUUCUCUCCAGCUAUUAAAAUUUACGGAGCAUGGCCGAGACCUUCUGGCUUCCAGAAGGAAAUCUCUGUUGUUUGCUGCUGGUAUCUUGGUUGCUGGUGGAACUACUGCAUAUUUGCAGUCUCGUUCGAGGGUUAAAAAGUCCGAUUCAUUUGGUAAUUACAAUGGGCUCAACGAUGUUAAAGAAAAUUCAGAUAAGCUGCUUACAAAAGUCAAUAAUGCAAAGACGACCACGAAGCAAGGAGGUUUUAAAUCACUUAAAGUUCUAGCUGCUGUCCUUCUGUCUGAGAUGGGGAAAGUGGGAACAGCAGACCUCUUGGCUAUGAUAGCCAUUGCAGUGUUAAGGACUAGUUUGAGCAACAGACUUGCGAAAGUACAAGGAUUUCUGUUUCGUGCAGCUUUCCUCCGCCGUGUGCCAUUGUUUCUCCGACUAAUAUCAGAAAAUAUCUUACUCUGCUUCCUACUAUCAACCAUGCAUUCGACUUCAAAGUAUGUUACCGGGACAUUAAGCUUGUGUUUUAGAAAGAUACUGACAAAACUUAUCCAUACACAUUAUUUUGAGAAUAUGGCGUACUACAAGCUAUCACAUGUUGAUGGUCGGAUCACCAAUCCCGAGCAAAGAAUAGCAAGUGACGUCCCAAAGUUUUGCUCAGAGCUUAGCGAGCUGGUGCAAGAUGAUCUGACAGCCGUAACAGAUGUGGUUCUCUACACUUGGCGGCUUGUUUCUUAUGCUAGCCCAAAAUAUUUGGUUUACAUACUGGGCUAUGUAUUGGGAGCAGGUGCCCUUAUUAAAAAGUUUUCUCCUUCUUUUGGGAAACUGAUGGCUAAAGAACAGCAGCUAGGAGGUGAAUAUCGACAGCUUCAUUCACGUUUGCGGACUCAUGCUGAAAGUAUAGCAUUUUAUGGUGGUGAACGAAGAGAAGAAUUUCAUAUACAGGAAAAGUUCAGAACUCUUGUUAAGCACAUGAAAGUUGUCCAUCACGAGCAUUGGUGGUUUGGCAUGAUCCAGGAUUUCCUGGCCAAGUAUCUUGGUGCUACUGUUGCUGUUAUUUUGAUCAUUGAGCCUUUCUUUGCGGGCGGUCUCAAACCAGACACUUCAACUUUGGGAAGGGCAACAAUGUUGAGCAAUUUAAGAUACCACACAAGUGUUAUAAUAUCUUUGUUUCAGUCACUUGGUACUCUUUCCAUAAGUUCUAGAAAGCUUAGUCGUCUAAGUGGUUAUGCUGAACGGAUUCAUGAACUGAUUGCCAUAUCAAGAGAGCUAAGCAGUGGUGAUAAGUCCUUGCAAAGAGUUGGAAGUAGGAACUACUUCAGUGAUGCGGAUUAUGUUGAGUUUUCUGGCGUCAAGGUUGUUACACCAACUGGUAACGUUCUGGUGCAAGAUCUGAGUCUUAAAGUUGAACCUGGAUCUAACCUGUUAAUUACAGGUCCAAAUGGCAGUGGGAAGAGCUCACUCUUCCGAGUUCUUGGAGGCCUUUGGCCAUUGGUGUCUGGCCAUAUUGUCAAACCAGGUGUUGGUUCUGAGCUUAAUAAGGAGAUUUUCUAUGUUCCUCAGAGGCCUUAUACUGCUGUAGGCACACUUCGAGAUCAGUUAAUUUAUCCUCUAACCUCUGAUCAAGAGGUUGAAGCACUUACGCGCAGUGGGAUGGUGGAGUUGUUGAAAAAUGUUGACCUUGAGUAUCUAUUGGAUCGCUACCCCCCUGAGAAAGAAGUUAAUUGGGGAGAAGAACUCUCCCUUGGAGAGCAACAAAGGUUGGGGAUGGCAAGGUUGUUUUACCACAAGCCUAAAUUUGCAAUUCUUGACGAGUGUACUAGUGCUGUGACAACUGAUAUGGAGGAGCGUUUUUGUGCCAAAGUUCGAGCUAUGGGGACAUCAUGUAUAACCAUAUCACAUCGCCCAGCUUUAGUUGCAUUUCACGAUGUUGUUUUGUCGUUGGAUGGUGAAGGGGGGUGGGGAGUUGACAAAAAAAGGAAGGAUUCCCGAGCUCUGACUCAAACUGGAACUAAUGCCGUGAAGAACUCUGAGACAGAUCGUAAAAGUGAUGCACUGGUUGUCCAACGUGCAUUUGCUGCAACUGAUGAGGACUCUACAUUUCCAAGUUCGAAGGCACAGUCUUAUAUUUCUGAGGUGAUAGCACGAUCACCACAGUUCGAUCAUAAUGUUCCAGUGCCUUCUGUUUUACAAUUAAAGAGAAAUCCACGGGCAUUGCCAUUGCGAGUGGCUGCUAUGUUUAAAAUACUGGUGCCGACAGUGCUUGACAAACAAGGGGCGCAGUUACUUGCGGUUGCUUUACUGGUUAUGUCUAGAACUUUCGUCUCAGACAGGAUUGCCUCACUAAAUGGAACAACUGUCAAGUAUGUUCUGGAACAAGAUAAAGCAGCGUUCGUUCGUUUAGUAGGUGUCAGUGUUCUCCAGAGUGCUGCAUCAUCUUUUAUUGCUCCGUCAUUGAGGCAUUUGACUGCAAGACUUGCUCUUGAGUGGAGGAUACGCUUGACUCGACAUUUGCUAAAGAACUACUUGAGAAACAAUGCAUUUUAUAAGGUAUUUAACUUGUCAAGCAAAAAUGUUGAUGCUGAUCAGAGGAUAACUCAUGAUCUAGAGAAGUUGACUACAGAUUUAUCUGGAUUGGUAACUGGAAUGGUAAAGCCAUCUGUUGAUAUCUUAUGGUUCACAUGGAGAAUGAAGCUCUUAACAGGUCGGAGGGGUGUUACCAUUUUAUAUGCUUAUAUGCUACUUGGUCUUGGUUUUCUACGGACUGUUACUCCUGAUUUUGGUGAUCUAGCUAGCCAGGAGCAGCAACUUGAGGGAACCUUCAGGUUCAUGCAUGAAAGGUUGAGAACACAUGCUGAGUCUGUUGCCUUCUUUGGAGGUGGUGCUCGAGAAAAAGCUAUGAUUGAGUCUAGGUUCAAAGAGCUUCUGCGGCAUUCAACAUUUCUUUUGAAAAAGAAAUGGUUGUAUGGCAUACUGGAUGAUUUUGUAACCAAGCAGCUGCCACACAACGUGACUUGGGGUUUGAGCCUGUUAUAUGCUGUGGAACACAAAGGAGACCGUGCAAUGAUCUCCACUCAGGGUGAGUUGGCACAUGCACUUCGGUAUUUGGCAUCUGUGGUCUCUCAGAGUUUUUUUGCCUUUGGAGACAUUCUUGAGUUGCACAAGAAGUUUGUUGAGCUCUCUGGUGGUGUUAACAGAAUUUUUGAGCUUGAAGAGCUUCUCGAUGCUGCACAAUCUGGUGACGGUUUAACAGAUAGACUUUCCAUGCCUUCGGAACGAUACCUUCACUCAAAAGAUGCAAUAUCCUUUAUCGAGGCUGAUAUUAUUACCCCGUCACAGAAAUUGUUGGCAUGGCAGCUGACGUGUGAAAUUGUACAAGGGAAAAGCCUGCUUGUCACUGGUCCAAAUGGCAGUGGAAAGAGUUCAAUUUUCAGGGUGCUUAGAGGUCUAUGGCCAAUUGCGAAUGGAGGACUAGCUAAACCAUUGCAACAAUUUAGCGAAGAGAAAGGAUAUGGAUGUGGCAUUUUUUAUGUUCCCCAACGACCUUACACAUGUUUGGGAACAUUGAGAGACCAAAUCAUAUAUCCUCUAUCACGUGAGGAAGCAACGAUCAGGACACUAAGACUGUUUGGGAAAGAUUCAGUUUAUGAACAUGCUGACACAAGUGAGGUUCUGGAUUCUCGUCUGAGAAUCAUUCUGGAGAAUGUUAGACUGAAUUAUCUUUUGGAGAGAGAACAAGGUGGUUGGGAUUCUAACCAGAACUGGGAAGACAUGCUCUCUCUAGGUGAACAACAGAGAUUGGGCAUGGCCCGAUUGUUCUUCCACAGUCCUGAAUUUGGCAUCCUCGAUGAGUGCACUAAUGCUACGAGUGUGGAUGUUGAGGAACAACUUUAUAGACUUGCUACAGAAAUGGGUAUCACGGUGGUUACCUCCUCUCAGCGUCCUGCUCUAAUUCCAUUCCACUCAAUGGAACUACGUCUUAUUGAUGGCGAGGGCAACUGGGAGCUCCGUACAAUCAAGCAAUGA